UUGUAAAUUCCACUGAUAAAAAAAUGCCAAAUGGAAUCUUAGAAGAGCAAGAACAGCAGAGGGUGAUGCUUCUCAGACAGUCUCCUUCUGGCCCAAAGAAGUAUUUUCCUAUUCCAGUAGAGCUCCUGGAAGAAGAAAUCCGGAUAAGAGCAGCUGAUGACGGGAAGUUAUUUCGGGAAGAGUUUAAUUCAUUACCACCUGGAUAUUUGCAAGGAACACUUGAGAUGGCAAACAAAGAGGAAAACAGAGAAAAAAACAGAUACCCCAACAUAUUACCUUGUAAGUAUUGCUGAUACAUAUAUUUCAAA